CUCCGGAGCCAGGGGCUAUGGGCGCGGGCGCGUGACGCGGGCCUGGGACCCGGGACCCGGGACCCUUUCGGGCAGGCCGGGCCCCGCCCGCCGGUCAGGCCCCAGGCGUAGUGUCGUCGCAGAGAGUCACAUCUCUGUGUCACUCUUUCCUGGGGCGCUUUCCGUCUCCACCGGGUAGGAAAUCGUCUCUGGACUGUGGGAGAUUGCAACAGCUGCUCAGAUACCUUCUGCCUCCGAGACCCGCAGCGCCCUCCCAGGAUGGCACACCUGCCCGCCUGACGCCUAGGUGAAUGUUCUAGAUGCAAGAGAAACCAGAACAGUGUGAUCAUUUACCAAACGCACUGAAGCUGUCUUGUGUGACUUCUCUAGACUGUGCUGGGCAGAAAGCAGCCCCGGGCCUUUCUCCCAGGCACACCAGGCACCAUGGACUCCCCAGGGUACAACUGCUUUGUGGACAGGGAUAAGAUGGAUGCUGCUAUCCAGGACCUGGGGCCCAAGGAACUGAGCUGCACAGAGCUGCAGGAGCUGAAGCAGUUGGCGCGCCAGGGCUACUGGGCUCAGAGCCAUGCCCUUCGGGGAAAAGUGUACCAGCGCCUGAUCCGGGACAUCCCCUGUCGCACAGUCACGCCGGACGCCAGCGUGUACAGCGACAUUGUGGGCAAGAUUGUGGGCAAGCACAGCAGCAGCAGCCUGCCCUUGCCUGAGUUUGUGGACAACACACAGGUGCCCACCUACUGCCUGAACGCCCGGGGUGAGGGGGCUGUGCGCAAGAUCCUCUUGUGCAUCGCCAAUCAGUUCCCCGACAUCUCCUUCUGCCCUGCUCUGCCGGCUGUGGUGGCUCUGUUGCUGCACUACAGCAUCGACGAGGCCGAGUGCUUUGAGAAGGCCUGCCGCAUCCUGGCCUGCAAUGACCCUGGCAAGAAGCUCAUUGACCAGAGCUUCCUGGCCUUUGAGUCGUCUUGCAUGACGUUUGGGGACCUGGUAAACAAAUACUGCCAGGCAGCCCACAAACUCAUGGUGGCUGUGUCCGAGGAUGUCCUGCAGGUCUACUCAGACUGGCAGCGCUGGCUGUUCGGGGAGCUGCCCCUCAACUAUUUUGCCCGGGUCUUUGAUGUCUUCCUAGUUGAAGGCUACAAGGUAUUGUACCGAGUUGCUCUGGCCAUCCUCAAAUUCUUCCACAAGGUGAGAGUGGGCCAGCCCCUUGAGUCAGACAACGUGAGACAGGACAUCCGCAUGUUCGUCAAGGACAUUGCCAAGACAGUGUCCCCUGAGAAGCUUCUGGAGAAAGCUUUUGCCAUCCGCCUCUUCUCACGCAAGGAGAUCCAGCUCCUGCAGAUGGCCAAUGAGAAAGCGCUGAAGCAGAAGGGCAUCACCGUCAAGCAGAAGAGGCAGUUUGUUCACUUGGCUGUCCACGCAGAGAAUUUCCGCUCAGAGAUUGUCAGCGUGAAGGAGAUGAGAGACAUCUGGUCCUGGGUCCCAGAGCGGUUUGCACUCUGCCAGCCCCUCCUUCUCUUCUCCUCGCUGCAGCACGGGUACAGCCUGACCAGGUUCUACUUCCAGUGUGAACGGCAUGAGCCCACCCUCCUGCUCAUCAAGACCACACAGAAGGAGGUGUGUGGCGCUUACCUGUCAACAGACUGGAGUGAGAGAAAUAAGUUUGGAGGCAAACUCGGCUUCUUUGGGACUGGAGAAUGCUUUGUGUUUAGGCUGCAGCCAGAGGUGCAGCGUUAUGAGUGGGUGGUCAUCAAGCACCCCGAGCUGACCAAGCAGACAGCAUCCUUCCUGUCCUCAGAGACUACUGCCACUCCCUCCCCAUUCAGCCACUCCAUGUCUUCAGACCCUGCUGACCGGCUCUCCCCAUUCCUGGCUGCUCGGCACUUCAACCUGCCCUCCAAGACUGAGUCCAUGUUCAUGGCUGGGGGCAAUGACUGCCUCAUCAUCGGGGGAGGAGGUGGCCAGGCGCUCUACAUCGAUGGAGACUUGAACCGGGGCCGCACAGGACACUGUGACACAUUUAACAACCAGCCCCUGUGCUCUGAGAACUUCCUCAUCGCUGCCAUAGAAGCCUGGGGCUUCCAAGACCCUGAUACCCAGUGAUGGCCUCUGAUGAUGAGCCAGAAGCUCUUGCCAAGCCUCGCUGAGAGUCCACACCUGAUGAGGUGUGUUGGGAGCAACCUUCCUUAGCCACCUGAGCAGCCAGCUUCAUUGCCAAGGACCUCCUAGAGAUGCUUAGACUCAUGGGGUCUUCUUAGCCCUCUCUGUGGUCUGUGGCUGCUUUCCUCCCCAUCCCUUCACUGCAGAAACUGGGCCACGCCCACACCCAUCAGCAUGGCAUGCUUCCUCAGCCCAACCCCCUCCCUGCUCUUCAUUGGGCCCUGCGCCCACGUCUUGCCCACACAGCAACUCUGGGACUACUCUGCUUGGACGUUUGACCUCCCUCUGUAUCUCUUUCCUAGCACUGUGGCUUGCCAUGUGUCACAGUCUUCUGUGUGCUGCCCUCCCCGCUCCCCUCACCCCCAAGUCCUUAUGGCCUUUGGGCCACCAAGGCCUGCAUUGGCCCAGUGUACCGUGGAUACUGAGGGAACGGCUACCUGUGAGCACUACAGGGAGCACCACCUGGGACUCCUCACCUCCUCCUGGGGGUCUGGGAUCCACAGAGGGAAGAAGGGAGAGGCAGUGACCCAACUGGCCACAUGGGGGCCGCGGAGGCCUGGGUCACAGGCACAGGCCUGUGUCCUGUUGCACAUGGCUGCCGCUGGCAUGCCUCAGAGUUGCCAGUGCUGUCUCUGUGAAUGUUCACCUCAUACUCAUGCCCUCUCUUCACACCCUCUCAGCAGGGUUAUCGUGGCACCUGCUGGACGCAGGGCAGGAAUCCCGUGUGGCUUUGGGCAGGCCUGUGAACCCACCUAAGCCCAAGUGCGUGACCUGUGAAAGGAGCCAGUCCUCCUGCCCUGCUGUACUUGAAGGGAAAAUGCUGGGAGGGGGUGCCACCCCACAAAGCACUGCAGCCCUCACUGCCCCUUCCCACGUACAUGCCAUCCGGCUUAUAUACCAGACUUUGGUGUUCAUUAAACACAGUCUUUGGUUUUUGUUUUGGGGGUGGGGGGUGUUUAUGAGACAAGGUCUCACUACAUGACCUAGGCUGUCCUCGAACCCCAUUUCUUCCUGUUUCUGCUUCCUGGGAGUGCUGUGAUCACAGGCGUUGACGCUUGGCUAAACACUGUCUUGUUGCAUUAUUAACUCCCAGGCUGAGUCUGCUAUCUUCAGCCCAAGGCCCUAGGGCUUCCCUGGGCAAGCCAUCAUGAGAGUAACAUGUGCGUUGUCCCUGUGGGUUUGAAGGCCCUUUGAAAAUGAAGCCUUUCAAGAAAAGAUGAGGUUAAACUGAGCAUUGCUUGUGGAACUCUGCCUGGCAGACUAACACGUGAGUGGGGCUGCCCACAGAGCCCUGUGCUGGCCUUCUUAGGGCUCCAGCCCCAGAGCACCACUUGCUAUUUGCACAUCAUAGAGGAGUUCUUGGCUGUAAAGGUAUAUACAAAAUAGUUAUUUUAUUAUUACAUUUUUGGGCGGUAGUGUGGUUUGAAGUCAGUACUAAACACAGUACUGUGCUUGCUAGGCAGGCGCUCUACCACUUUUUGCUAUAGUUAUUAUGAAUAGAGUCUUGCUAUUUUCCCAGACUAGCCUGCAUUACAGCCCUCCUAUUUACACUUGCCAUGUAGCUGGAUGACAGGUGGAGGCCAGCAAACCCACACAUUUAAUUAAGUUGAAGAUCUCCUUUACUUUUGCCCUGCCUGCCCUCAAAUUGGAAUCCUUGUGUCUCAGCCUCUUCUUGGGUAACUAGGAUUACAGAUGUGAGCUACUGCACCUGGCUAAAAAUACUCAGUUCUUUCAACUUAGUAUUUUUUGUUUUGGCACCAUGGGGCUUGAACUCGG